GACAGUGUAGAAUGAUGAAACCAACUGUUUUGUCGCGUUCCCCGCUAACAGGAGCUCCGCGCUCCAAGAAUCGCUCGGUGUUCAUCUUGAUUGUGGGCGUGGUGUGCGGCUACUGCCUGGCUCAGCUCUCCUUCCAUAGUGCGCCGAACGUGAGCAUGUAUCCGAAUCUCAGUAGACGGCUCUUCCAGCUCGGCGAUAACCAGGUGGCCACCGAGGGACAGUUGGCACAGAAGCACAACAGCUUUCAGCAUGAUCAUAGCAGCGACAACGUCACCGUGGCCGAUCAGCUGAAGAAGGAGGUACGCAUCCUCUGCUGGGUGAUGACCAAUCCCGAAAACCACAAGUUGAAGGCUCGCCAUGUGAAGCGAACAUGGGGCAAGCGCUGCAACAUCCUGCUCUUCAUGAGUUCUGCCGCGGAUGAGGAGCUACCCACCGUGAAGCUCGAUGUGGGCGAGGGCCGGCAGAAUCUGUGGGCCAAGGUCAAGGAGGCGUUCAAAUACGUCUAUCAACACCACUACAAUGACGCUGACUUCUUUUACAAGGCCGAUGAUGACACUUACGCCGUGAUCGAGAAUAUGCGGUAUAUGCUUUAUCCGUACAAUCCCGAAACACCCGUACACUUUGGAUUCAAGUUCAAGCCUUACGUGAAGCAGGGUUACAUGUCUGGCGGAGCGGGUUACAUACUCAGUCGGGAGGCACUACGUCGGUUCGUGGUCGAGGGCAUUCCGAAUCCGAAGAUGUGCCUGCAGGGCACGGCGAUCAACGAGGACGUCGAAAUCGGGCGAUGCAUGGAGAACCUAAACGUUACCGCCGGCGAUUCCAGGGACGAAAUCGGUCGCGGUCGAAUGUUUCCCUUCAAACCAGAGCAUCACUUGAUAGCCAAUCAGGACAAAACCUUUUGGUACUGGAGCUACACUUACUACAAGACGGAUGACGGUCUCGACUGCUGCUCGGACUUGGCUGUAUCCUUUCACUACAUAGCUCCGAAAUCCUUCUAUGUCCUGGACUAUCUCAUCUAUCAUUUGAAACCCUACGGUCUACUGCGUGCCCUGGAGCCUCUGCCCGCCAAACUCAAAGUGGGUCAGUUUCUACCGCCUCCCGUGGAGCAUCCCCUGAGCAGUAACGAGGAUUCCUUCGAUGAUUACGACAGGAUUUACACAACCACGACUGUGAAGCCAAAGGAGCCCGAUGCCCGGGAGGUGGACUCCAAGGAGGUGGAAAAGGAGGAGGAUAAGUACAGGGAUAAACUUUCAAAGGAGGCUGCGGAACGCGAAGACUCGCGAGAAAAUGACAAUGAUUCCGAGUAUACUGAAGAGGAAACGGAUAACCAUUCAAGUCAAAGGAAACAUCAAACAAAAAGUAACAUGUAUUGAGUUUAGUUUGUAGGCUUUGGAACCAAUCUAUUCCCGAAACUACUCAGCUCUUCCAGUUAAGCCCAUUUUAAUACAACGUUUUUUAGGUUGCAUAAUAUUAUUUCGAAAACCACAUAAU